CAGCAGCAACAGUAUAUACAUCAGCAACAACAACAGCAGCAUCAACAUCAGCAGCCACCUUCACCGCAUCACCAUCACCAUCUACAGCAGCAAUUACAACAGCAGCAGCAACAGCAGCAGCAGCAGCAGUCACAGCCACCUCCGCCACCCUCAUCUUUGCCGCUGUCCCAGCAUCAAACCACGGUUGAGAUACAACAGCAGCAACAACAACAACAUCAGUAUGUUCCAGCUGGCCACGUGCAAGAAUUGAUCAAGCGAAUGUCUCCAGGCAAGAACGACAACGGUUCGUGCACUCAGUCGCAAUCACCGGUGCUCCAACAACAACAACAACAACAACAGCAACAAGUGAAUCAAAUUUACACCUCCUCUGCCUCCACCUCCACCUCUGCCGGCAACAGCAACCACAGCAGUGGUGGUGGUAGUGGCCCCUCCUGCGUAACCCUGCCCCUGCGUGUCCCCGCGAAGAAGCAGGUCGGCGAUCAGUCGCAUCUGCCUCCGCACUCCAUACCGCAGCAGCUGGUGCACCCUUGGCGCCACACGCAGACCCAGGCGCCGGUGCAAGUCUGGGAAUCUGGACGGGCAACGGUGCCGUUGCACCUCUCGACUUCACACCAUCACCAGCAACAACAGCAGCAACAACAUCACACGCAGCCUCCGACGGCUAGUGUGAAUCCCAUCCAGUUACACAGGGGUUCAAGCCCGAAUACCUUCUCUCCGUCAUACCACAUUCAGCAGCAGCAGCAGCAGCAGCAACAUCAGCAGCAGCAGAAAGAACAGCAGCAGCAUCAGCAGUUUGCUGCACCAAAUGUGCAGGCGCUGUCACACCAGUUAAAGGCCCUCAAUAUUUCACCAAACAACAUUCAGUUGUCCCCUUGCAUGAACGAAUCCCGCUUCUCGAAGCUCACCAUACAGAUUCCGCAAGGCAUGACCAAACCCAUGCACACCCUCUACUUCCAGCACAACAACCAAGGCAACGAGCGAUCGCAUCUGAUUGCUGCACAAGUGCAGAGGGCCCCCGUUUGCGAAACGCAGAUCUCGCUGAGCAGCUGCAAUAACAUCACCGCCAGUGGUCACACGGGCAUUGGUAUCAGCAGUGGGGGCGCCGUUGCAGCUGGUGGAAGCGGGGAGAGCAUACAUAUUAACUUGCCGCGAAAGAAGGCGCCGUCGCCGCCCGGGCCUGUCCAGGCCUGGGGGGCAAAGCAGCCGGCCAUUAUCAUGAACUCGGUGAAGAGCCGCGAGGUUCAGAAGCCGAAGCUACAGACUGCAACUGCGCCUCUCACUGCUCCGGUCUCAAGCUCUCCCUCGUCCUCCACAACAACUGCUGUCACAACAUUGUCAUCAUCAUCAUCAUCCUCUACAGCCUCUACAACCACCACAGCCACAUCUGGUUCAUCUCAGAGCUACAUCUCGUCAGUACAGACCACGAUCCUUCCUCCAAACCAGACUCAAGGUAGACAGCAGACAGCGAGCCCCACCAAACGGGAUGUGCGCAUCAAAAUUCUCGUCCCCAACUCGCUGCAAAUAGACAUCAAGAACCAAGGUGCAAACCCCCUUUACUCGCAGAACCCAACGGCACCCAGCUUCCAUCUAGACUUCUACCAGCGGCCCCCGUCUGACACCACUUCAUCCACCCCUCGUUCAGAUUCCCCCGUCUCUCGUGCCACAAACCAAUCACCGAUGUCUAUACAGUCAACAACGUCAGUGCAGUCUACAACCUCCACACCUUCCAGUGGUUCGGACAUACCUUCGAAACCACCCCCUCCUUACCCUGGGAGAAUUCUGAACAUAACACAGUCAUCAUCUCCUCCCAUUCCGACCCAAACUUCCUCGAAACUGCUGGCUCCUUGUCCAGUGAAACCUAUUCCUAUUCAGCAAGCGCCACCAAAUGUGGUCCCUAGUGAUAAUUUCGGGUCGUCGUCAGUGAAUACGCAGGUGACACAGACAUCAAUGUAUGAACGGCCGUCACUGUCGAACCGACGUAGUAGCAUGGAGAACAACCAGAAAGAGGAAUGGUGUGCUGUGGAACGGACGCAUACCGAAUCAGCUGAGGAGAGAGAGGAGAAGCACCGAUGCACGUCGCCGAUUCCCGAAUGGAAGUCGGAGUACAGGUCGCCAGACCAAGAACGUGUACGCAACUACUCUCCGCAAGCGUACAAAUUCUUCAUGGAACAGCAUGUGGAGAAUGUAAUGAAAUCCACCACGCAACGCAUGUGGCGACGAAUGCAGCUGGAGAAUGAAAUGAGCAAGGUCGGGCUUUCUUCCAAUGCACAACAGCAGAUGCGGAAGAUCUUGCACCAGAAGGAGUCGAACUACAUUCGCUUGAAGCGAGCCAAACUUGAAAAGCACAUGUUCGAAAAGCUCACCACCUUGGGCAUUGGUGCAUUUGGGGAGGUGGCUUUGGUUCGCAAGAAAGACAUGGGCCAACUGUAUGCAAUGAAGACUCUGCGGAAAUCUGAUGUUCUACAACGCAACCAGGUGGCACAUGUGAAAGCUGAGAGGGAUAUUUUAGCAGAGGCGGAUAACGAAUGGGUGGUAAAACUAUAUUACUCUUUUCAAGAUAAAGACUUUUUGUACUUUGUGAUGGACUACGUACCAGGAGGAGAUCUAAUGGGACUUUUAAUUAAAUAUGAAAUUUUUGAAGAACAUCUAGCUCAGUUUUACAUUGCAGAACUGGUUCUGGCUAUCGAAAGUGUUCACAAAAUGGGGUUUAUCCACAGAGAUAUCAAACCAGAUAACAUAUUAAUUGAUAGGGAAGGUCACAUAAAACUAACAGACUUUGGGUUGAGUACAGGAUUUCGAUGGACACAUAAUUCUAAAUAUUAUCAGAAAGAUGGCUGUCAUCCUCGUCAAGGUUCGAUGGACGUUGUGUUGAAGGAGGAGUCGUGUUGCUGUGAUCAACUGAAGCCAUUGGAGGUGAAGUACCAGGAACAGCGGCAGCGAUGUCUGGCCCACUCUCUCGUAGGCACGCCCAACUACAUUGCGCCUGAGGUCUUGAUCCGAUCAGGCUACACAAUGUGCUGUGAUUGGUGGAGUGUUGGCGUCAUCUUGUACGAGAUGUUGGUCGGGCAACCCCCUUUCUAUGCUGCAAAUCCUGCUGAAACUCAAUAUAAGGUCAUCAACUGGCAAGAACAUCUUCAUGUUCCCUUCAAGAAGCUCUCGUCGGCCUCCACUGAUCUCAUGCUUUCUCUCCUGUCCGAUCCCAGCCAGCGGCUCGGCCGGAACGGUGCCGACGAGAUCAAGCACCAUGCCUUCUUCGACGGCCUCUCGUUCAACGGACUACGACAGCAGCCAGCGCCGUACGCUCCGACCAUCUUGUACCCCACCGACACGUCGAACUUCGACCCCGUCGACCUCGACAAGCUGCAGAAGGACAACAACGAUGGCCACCACAGCCAGCUGCCGCCGGAGCACGGCUUCUUUGAGUUUACGUUCCGGCGCUUCUUCGAUGAUGGCGGUCAUCCGUAUCCUGAUAGGAGCACUGUGUUUGUCUGAGGAGGACAAAAGAAAGAAUUGCAAAACAAACAAAAAAAAUAAUGCAACCAACCAUGAAAUUUAAUCAUGUGACUCCAUGCCAUCCUCUUCCCAUAAUGCAUCAGUUCCAUUCCCCACCCUGCCUUUUUUUUUUUUUUUGAUUGCUGUUGGGGGGUGUGGAGUGGGGACAGGAGAGUGCAGGGUGGGGAGAGCGAUCGCCCUCUCCUCUUCACUCCGUCCUCAUCCCUACACCCUCUGCAAAAUAGGAAAAAAAAAAAUAAAUAAAUAAAAACCGAAAAUGACACAAAGAAAAAAAAAAUUCACAAACAUACAAA